AUGGACUUCGACAUCUCCCAAGCCUUCCAAAAGGAACUCACCUGCUGCAUUUGCUUGAACUACCUUACAGACCCCGUCACCAUAGGCUGUGGGCACAGUUUCUGUAGGCCCUGUCUCUGCCUUUCCUGGGAAGAAGCCAAAACUUCCCAAUGCCCUGUGUGCAGGGAAACAUCAAAGAAGACAGACAUCAAAUCCAGUAUUCUUGUGAAGAAUCUGGUGUUCCUUGCCAGACAACACAGUCUCUGUCAGUUCCUGAGCUCUGAGGAACAGAUGUGUGGGACACACAAGGAGACAAAGAAGAUGUUCUGUGAAGAGAACAAGAGCCUGCUCUGUUUGCUCUGCUCUAAGUCUCUGGAGCACAAGGCUCACAGACACUGUUCCAUAGAAUGUGCAGUUGAGGAAUACCGGGAGAAGCUCUUAAAACAAAUGAGGUCUUUAUGGGAAAAGAUCCAAGAAAAUCAGAGAAAUCUAAACGAAGAGUGCAGAAUAAUCAACCUGUGGAUGGAUUAUCUGUGUCUACGGAGAGAGAUGAUCAGAGAUGAAUAUCGGAAGUUACAUCCAGUUCUCUACAGGGAAGAAAAAGAACACUUACAGGGACUGAAAAGUGAAAGCAAAAAGAUUUUUCAGCAACUCAAGAAAAGCAGAGCCAUAAUGGUUCAAAAAAGAAAACACCUAAGAGAAAUGCAUGAGGAGCUGCUGAAUUUGUGCCACAAACCAGAUGUGGAGCUGCUCCAGAAUUUGGGAGACACAUUGACAAGGAGUGAGUCCCUGCUGCAGCUGCACAUGCCUCAGCCUGUGAACCCAGCGCUUGGUGCCAGGCCCAUCACUGGCCUGAUAGACAGGUUCAACCAAUUCCAAGUGAACAUUUCCUUGAAUUAUGAAAUAAGCAGUCACAAUAUCAUGCUGUUUGAAGAUGUGAGAAGUUUGAGGCUUAGACAUGACCCUCAAGAGGCGCAUCUUCCUUCUGAAACAUCUAAGUACUUUGCUACAUGGGGAGCCCAGUCCUUCACCUCCGGAAAACACUACUGGGAGAUAGAUGUGGACAGCUCUUGGGACUGGGCUGUAGGGGUCUGUAAGGAUACUUGGCUAAGGAAGAACGGCCCAGUUGUCGAGUCUGGGGACACAUUUCUUCUUAUAUAUGUGAAGGAGGAUAACUGUUCCCAUCUCUUGACCACCUCCCCACUACUUUCUCAGUACAUAGAGAAACCUCUGGGUAAGGUUGGUGUAUUUGUUGAUUUCAAGACUGGAAGUGUGAGUUUUUCUAAUGUUGCCAAAAGUUCCCUCAUAUGGAGAUAUCCAGCUUGUUCCUUCAGUUACCCAGUCAGGCCUUUAUUUUGCACUGGCCACACAUAA